CGCAGGCGCGGGCGGGGCGGGCCAGAGUUCUGCGUUGCGGCAGCGAUUGCUGUGCAGAGCUCCUCGGCUGCCGGAGAUGCCUGACACCUCGGCCUGAGGAGCUGUCAGCGACGCGAUGGAGCGAGCAAGGGAUCGCUUGCACCUGAGACGGACUACCGAACAGCACGUGCCUGAAGUGGAAGUUCAAGUCAAACGUAGGAGGACAGCUUCACUGAGCAAUCAGGAGUGUCAGUUGUACCCGAGACGUUCUCAGCAGCAGCAAGUGCCUGUGCUGGAUUUCCAGGCGGAGCUGAGACAGGCUUUCUUAGCCGAGACACCAAGAGGUGGUUAAAGCAGGAUUGGAUUUUCAAGGUAGCCGAUUCCCAAGCAAAAACCAGGUUAGAGCUGAUAAAGUAAUGAUGAGAAAAUGAAUUAUUGAAACAGGGAUUGGGAUUUGUGUAAUCUAGGGCAUUUGAAAAAAGCUUUUUAAAAUGAAUAUAUUUAUUUUACUUAAUUUAUCUAAAUUAUUUAUCUAAAUAAAAAUAUUCAUACAAAAAACACAUAGCACAAAGCUUGUUUAUUUUUUAAAAGUGAAAAUCUCCCUGUCCCUGACAGGAUGAUUAGUGAUGUAUUGCUUCCUGUCUUUGUGGUGUGUGCUUUUUGGAGUCUUCUACAAUUUUGUAUGUUCUGCUUUCCCUUACAGAAAAAAAAAAUGUUAAUGGCUGCUUGUGGAUGAUUCCAUUUUAUUUUUUGCAAGCAUUUGUAUUGUGUUGAAUUAGUUUUCAUUUCCAUAAGACAGUAGUGUGAUAUUUAAA